AUGAUCCCGAAGUUUGGCUUCUGGUUACCAUGGCGAGGAAGACGCGCAGCUACAAGUCGUGUACUACUGAGUACGAGCUGCGCUUUUCAUUCUGCGAUGGAUGUUACAGAGAGUUUGGAGGUCAGGUGGGCGCAGGGACUCACCAGCAGCAAGGCUGUGUUUGUGGAUGAAACUACAGCCUGUUACUCCUGUGGCAAUCACAUCAUCUUCUUCGAUGUGGAAACACAAAAGAGGAAAGUGCUUCAGAGCCCUGGUCAUGGCAUCGGGGUCUUCACAGCAAGUGGACUUUGUAAAACGCUUGCCUUUUCUGAGCAGAGGCGUUUCCCUUCGAUUUUCGUCUACAGAUAUCCUGAGCUCAGCCUGAGAUGUGAGCUUAAAGGGAAAGCUAAACUGGCUUACACAGUUCUAGCGCUGAGUGACACUGGUCCAUAUUUAGCCAGCUGCUCAUCUUUACCUGAUUACACCAUCACAGUAUGGAACUUGGAAAGGGGAAUUUCAAUUUGCAGCAGUCGACUAGCUGAGGAGGAUGUCACAACCCUACUUUUCAAUCGAACAAGCUGGCAGCAAAUUUGUGCUGUUAAUCAAACCUCGAUAAGCAUCUGGAAUAUUGAGAGAAAUAACGAGUUCCAUAUUAUGAAGCCCAGUAUUGUUGAUCUCCCUGGCAUUGAUGGCUCUGUAAUUGAGCAGGAGGUCGACACUUCUUACAUCCCCACCGAGAAUCCAACAUACGCUGGGCCCCAGAUGCCCACUUCAGCUAUUGCAGGGCUGAGCGGCGACAGAGCAGAUAAGAUUUUGGCUCUGAUCCAGGUGAAGCCACGACUCCGCCCAAGUUCCAUCUGCUGGUCCAUUUCCUCAGACCUUUAUGUUGGGACUAAAGAAGGCUUUCUGCUGAUAGUGAACACUGAAAGCCUUAUUGUCUCUGUCCUCUACAGCCCUCAUAUUAAGCAAAGUCCCUCAGAUUGCAGUAACAGCCAGAAGAUUAUGCAAGACAGUUUUCAGAACUUGGCAUUAUACAGUAAAGGAGUGUUUGCUGCAGGACAUGAUGGUGUUUUGCAAACCAUCGAGCAUAAAGAGAACCAUGUAAAAGUGGUGGACACUUUGGCUUUAGAGGGAUCAGUCUCAAGCCUGUGUUUUUCACCUGACUAUGAAACAUUGCUGCUAUCCUCAUCCAAUGGAUGCAUUUACAAGUACAAUCCUGGGCUUAAAAAAGAAGUUCUCAAAAUUCUGGAUGUGAUGUGUGGAGACUUUAUCACUGCUGCUCCAGUAUACACUGAAAUGAACCUCUGUGUGUCAGUCAGAGAGUCUGGGGAGCUGCAGCUGUGGUCACUGGACAGUGGAGAUUGCAUUUCAUCCAUCUCUUUACAGACAAAAGUGACCUGCUUGGCAUGUUGUCCAAUAGCCCAGUAUGUUGCUGUGGGAACAGUAACAGGUCAUGUCCUCUUUGUGGAUCUGACCAGAGCACAGAAACCUCGUCUUGUUCACACAGUCCAUCUAUACCAUGUGCCUGUCAAACAUUUAGUAUUUGACCACGGGGCACAUUUCUUGAUUACAGGAGCUUUCGAUUCACACAUAUUUUUCCUGGAUCCAAGACCAUCAAAAGCAUUUGAAAUCAUUGGAUACACGGACACUAUGAGUUCCACCGUGAGUCUGUCAACCCAGUAUCACAAAGAGAGCAAACAGGUGGAUGUGCUGGUGCUCUGUAAUAGUGAGGAGAAGAGCAAGACAGAUGAGAAACAUACAGAAGGGAAUCUGCUGAUGUUGCUGUCAGUGUCUACACAGCAGAUCUCAGAUGCAGCAAAUUGUGUGGACCCAUAUGGCUGCCUGCGAGAACAAGUUGUUAAAACCCGUGUGUAUGAGGUCCCACACUCUCUCUCCUCAUGUGUUCUGGCUACCAAGGCAAUCUUUGGUUAUUGUCACCAGAAGAAAGUUCUGCAGAGAUUCCAGCAACCACAGAGUGUGAAUAUAAUGUCCAGUAACCAAAAAGCAGUUAGACUGAGUCCAGAGAAGGAGGCAGAAGGUCAUCCGCUCGGCCCUGCAUUACUGUGUCUCUCACCGCAUCAGGGCUGGCUGGCGUCUGUUGCCAGAGACGGGCUGCUCCGCAUUUAUGACGUCACCACUCUGGGGAAGAUUGUGGAAAAGCAGUGCCACUCCUGGUGGUUGGGAGGAAUUCGCUCUGUGUCUUUUACCCCUGACAGUCAGACGCUUAUCACGACAGGCCUCCAAGAUGGCUCUCUGGUCUGCAGUGGGCUCUGUUUAAAGAUGGCUGUAGAUUUCCAGUAUGACACAUCAAUGGUGGUCCCUUCACAAGACCAAAUAUCCCAAGAGAACCUUAUUCUCAGUGACAUGACUGACUGGGAACAGCCAUCACAAACAUCAGUAGAGGCCAGUAAAAGAGGUCAAGUAAUAGAUCAUCUAAUGGAUGAAAGUUACAACAGUCUGCCUUUCAACACUCCUGGCAGUUCCACAUGGCUGGAUGAUAAACUAAAUACUGUACUCAAAGAAGAAAGUCAGCAGUUUGCAGAGAACAGAAUAAGCCUUGAGAAGAGUGUUCAAGAACUUCGGGAAACAAUCCAGGCUAUGAUGCAGGAGAAUGAGAAGCUGCCAGACAUGGAAAAGCUGGACCAGCUGGAGUUUAACCUGGACUUGGAGGAGCAGCAGAGUCUACAAGACAAGGGAGAACAUGAGGUCAUCAGGGUGAGAAAGGAGAUUGAGCUUGAAAACCUCUCGAAUUGUUAUCAGUACAACAUUAUCAAGAAAAAGUACUGGGACUCCAUAGAUGUGAAAUGGAAGGCCAUUAAGGCUUUCCACUCAGGGCAUGAGGUGGAUAACUUUCCUAUGAAGGACCGCACAGCAAAAGAGCUAGAAGAGCUUUCCAGAGUAGAGGCCAUCCUGACGAUUAAACAGGCUGAAAUUGUUCAGCCAGACAUUUUGGAGAACGUCAAGUCACCGUUAGAGGGGGAUGAAGAUGAGGAAAAUAACGGCCAUGAGGUGGAGAGCUCAGCCUUAGCAGGUAGUCUGAGUGCUCAGUAUGGAGGAUAUAACCCACAUUUACAAAGCCAGUUCAGCCUACAUACAAGGGACCAAAAGGUCACUCAGAUCAUUCUGAUACAGGAUAUUAUUUACAAAGUGAAAACAGCCUUUAACAAAGAGUUUGAAGCUGUGUACAAGCAGAAGGAGCAAGAGAUCAACCGCAUACAAGACAAAAACAAGCGCAUUACAGAAAUUAUGAGCAAGCUGGAGCUGCAGGAGACCGUGUGGGAGCCCACUCUGAGCGACAGUGAGAGACCAGAGAGAGCUCUCACCGUCAGUGACUCUGAGAUUAAGGUUGAGAAAUACCUGACUCCUGAGCAGAAGCAAAAAGAGGAAGAGCAGCUAAAGGAAGAGGAACAGAGGAGGCUUGCAUCAAAGGGGGACAAUAUCAGAGAGCGAGGUUUGAAUGAUAUGAUGGGUGGCGUUCUUGAGGUCAAAAAAGAGGAUAUUCUGAGCAUGGAAGUGCCACCACCAGAGUUUAUAGUUAAGCCUGAGUUCGAGUGGACGGAUGAGGAAAGAAAAAGCUACAAAGAAUAUGAGAGAAAAAUAAAAGAGCUUCGUGAAGAACAGGAGCAAUAUAGAAAGACAUUAGAGGCAGAGAUGAAGAAACUGCAGACAGCGAUUCAAGAUGCCACCGAGGCCUUUGAUGAAACACUGCGCAAGCUAUCUGUAAGGAAACUGAGAUCAGAAAUGGUUUUAUACCAGGCAAAGCUAAAGAUCGCCAACCUGUUGCAUUCUUUAUUAAUUGAGGAAGAGAUGUUGAAACAAGAGGAAGAGCUAAUCUACAGACUAGAAAAGGCACAAAGCAUUAAGAUUCAAAUUGAGCGAACUCUAAAUGAUAACAAGGAGGAUGUAGAAGCCUUUCGAGAAAUGUAUAAUGACACAGUAGCAGAAGAUAAACUUCUAGACAGUGGAUUUCACAAAGAGUUUUCAGACAUCCCUGGACACAUUGUUGACCAGCUGUACAAACUUUACAAGCGCAGACCCAGGAUCCAGAUUAUAAGGACACAGACAGACAAGACAAGCUUGUUUAAGGAAUCUUCUGUGUUGAGUCAAAUAGCAACAGAAGGAACCUCACAGGUGAUGAAGGCCAUGAUGCAGUUAGAUGCACCACAGAACAUGCCAGAGGGUCUGGACCCAGCAGUGUGGGAAAGAUUUUGUCUGUCAAGGAGAACCAAAGUGGAGAGUGAGCAGAAGAUCAAAACAAAGGCACUGACAUUAGCAGAGAUGCAGACCUUUCUGCAGAAAAGAACUGAAGAGGUGGAGAAUGCACAAACAGAAAUCAAGAAUCUUGUCGAUAAUCUUAACUGCCUGCGGGAAGAGAGGUCUAGGUUCUGCUCCGAUGUUAUGGUGCAAAUCCUGUUAAAACAAGGCCAGGUUGAGUUGGAGGCUGAAAACUUUCCUGAAGAUUAUUCAGACUCUUUGUUGCUGCAUCGCAAUGUUGUGGAGGACUUAAACGACACUAUUAAGGCUUUAGGAGAGCAGAAGAUUGCCAGCAUGGUGGAGUGCAAAGACUUUCACAAAGGGAUUAUUCAACUGGAAUGGGAGCAUAAGAGAAUGAGUAGGCAAAUUAAAGAUCUCAGAAACAAUGCCAGAGACAUUCAGAUGCUGCAUGUGUCUCACGAACUCCAAGAGUACCUGACAGAGACAGACCAUGACAACAGGAUGUCUAAGAAAGCAUCUAAUCUGGAGAAGACAAUGACGUUACAAGAGAAGACUCUUAGGAAGAAUGUAGAAAGCAACAAAAAGCUGAUAAAGAAGCUGAACAGACAAGCUGAAAUGAAGAAAAAGAAUAAUGCAGCUUUAGAUCUCCAGUUGUCCAAAAUGCAAGUGACUGUUGCCGAAAGAAGAAACAUCUAUGAGACCACAGCAGUGGAAGAAAAGCAAAAGUGUGAAGCUAAGCAACGAUAUCAAAGCAUUCUGCUGAGGAAGAAAUUUGUGGACUUGGCCAAAGCACAGCAUAUGGACAUAGUCAUACUGAGCACUGAGUUGGAACGCAUGCAAAUGAAGACAUUUCCUGCUCUUCCUCAAUAGGAAUACAAUACAUAAUGGCAGUGUGUUGCAUUUGUGUUUUACUAGU